AUGCGCCUUGACGAGACUGGAAAUAUUAGUGUUUUACUGACGAUCAUCUUCAUGUUUGCACUCUACGUUCUAGCUAUCAUACUGGCAAGAAGGGCGGAUAGGAAAGAUCACGAGAAGGUAACAGCUCUUUGUUAAAAUAAUAUGGUAUUGUUUUUAACACUUUUUACUUUUAAUGUAAAAGAAACUAUAUCAGUUUAUCGACCAUUUCAAUCUAUUUUGGUUCACUGAAGCAACUAUUUGCAUUGCUGGUAGGACGUUUCAUGGACGAAAGAUGACUAAAAUUGAUUGUAAAAAAUAUAAAGCGCGGUUUCCAUUUGCCUAGCAAAUUUUCGUUUUGUUUGGCUUUUCCACUUUUAUCGACUGAGUCUUGUUAUGCAAAUCCAGACACUUUAGACAAGAAUCGUGGCGCAAGAGAAAGAAGUGGAUUUCCAUUCGUUCGCUUUUUUACUUUCCCUUGGUGCUAUUUGUAAAUAAUUCCCAAUAAUAUUUGUUUGCGCGAGUAGUAUAGUACUUUUUGUCCAGGAAUAUCAUUAAGUUACGCAGAAAUGAAAUGCGGGCGAAUCUUAUUAAGAUAAGGUCAUGUGCUGUUUAAGGUGAUAUAUGCGGGUUGACUGUUCAGUUCGGUUAGCUAUUUUUAGUCUUCUCCACAAUUCAGUUAUUUUGUUACCCCUUUAUAUGUCCCAUCGACCUAAAAUAACUAAACAACCUGUCAAACCAGUCAAACCACCUCGAAACAGCCCAUGACCUUAUCUUAAUGAGAUUAUCCCGCAUAAAGACAAACGGAAUAACGUCACUGGCGUUAAUGCAUUCCUGCGCACGUUAAUGCGAUUCCUGCGAAAAAAAGGAUUCAGUCUCUACUAUACUUCUUGCGCGAGGCAGAAGAUUGUACCAAAAAUUUAGUGCCCUUUCAUUUCAACCCUUCAGCUUGGCCCAAGAACUGUUUUAAAAUCUGACGAAGAAAGAGAGGAUAUUUUCCGCAGUCAGUAUGAAAUCAUACUAAGCACCGGUGUCUGGUUCAACAGUGGUACGACAGCCAACGUAACAAUGAUGUUUUACGGCAGCUCUUCUAACAGUGGAAAGAUCACCGUGUCUCCCAACAUGAACCCUAGCCACGCCCUCCUUUCUCGCGGGAGUGUUGACAAGUUUAUUAUCAACCUCUCAUCUUCCCUUGGAGCAUUACGCCAUGCUUAUAUCUGGCACGACAACUCCGGGGACAAUCCCUCAUGGUAUUUAGAUCAUAUCACAGUCAGAGACAAACAAACUGACAGAGAAUGGACCAUGUCGUGUAACCAUUGGUUUGCUCCUGACAAAGAUGAUGGAAGUAUUUUUAGGAAGCUUUCCGUAGAAAGAACAACAGCAGAGCUGCCAAAUUUUCAAGAAACGUUUCGCUCUAAACUGUCCGGCUUACUUUUUGAGACCCAUUUGUGGAUGUCAUCUGUUACCAAACGUCCAGGAAACUCCUUCACUCGCGCGCAACGUGUCACGUGUUGCCUUUGUGUCGUGUUCACUGCGAUGCUCGCCAAUGCAAUGUUUUAUAACUUGGAGGGCGAAGUUGACAGCAGUUCUAUCAGAAUUGGUCCUCUAAAGGUAUCCAUAAGACAAAUUAUCAUAACAAUUCAGAGCUGUCUUGUGAUAGCACCCAUAAACUUCUUUAUUGUUGCCAUCUUUAAAAAUUCGAGCCCAACGUUUGGCAAAAGUUGUUGCAAACGUCCGAGGGACGAGAAAACUCAGAAUUUGGAUGAAGAUGACGAGAAACCACUACCCCACAUUUUUGUGUACAUUGCCUGGUUCCUUUGUUUCGCUGUCUCCUUCGGUUCAGCUGUGGUGGUGUUUUUCUACAGCCUUAUGUGGGGCAAAGAGACCGCGGACCAAUGGCUGUCUUCAAUCCUUAUGUCUAUUACAAUGGAUGUCCUUGCUAUUCAACCUGUGCGGCUCGUCGUACUAGCGGCAGUAACCGCUAUAAUUAUAACGAAAGCAAGAAGUACCAAAGCAAAACUCUCUUUAAAAGGAAGGUAUGUGCAUUGUGCCUCAAUAGGUUGUUUUGUUGUGAUUGUUUGAAAAUCUUAGCAGCGUGGCCGUGUGGUCAGCGCGGCGGAUUCGCAAUCUGGUGGUCCAGGGCGCGAAUUCGGCCCUGGUCACUUGCUGGAUUUGUUCUCAGUUGGACCGAGGUAAAGUCCUCGACCACACUUGUAAAUAGCCAACUGGUUGCCUCCUGUCAGUCAGGUUUUUAAUCUCGUUAUGUUAUAUUUGAAUUGUUUAUAACCAGUUUUUAAGUGGAGUGCCUGUAGACUAGCUGGGUAAGCUAAGUACAAUUUCCACAAUAAUCAAGCCUUUAACCUUUUAAGCAUUGAUAUCGAAGCCGUUGUUUUUAAUAAUAUAAUGUUAUUCAUGUCAUCUCUAAACCAAUGACAUUUAAUGGUAUGCCUCAAGUUGUAAAAAAAUACUGUCAGUUACAGUUCCAUAAUUUUUGCCUGGUCUACCAUACGUUCCAAGACGACACUGCUGUGAAUGAAUGCCAACCAACCAAUUCAUCCCCCCUCAGUACUCUCAGAGGUACAGCAGGGGAGGGGAAGGGCAUUCGGAACCUCCAUUGGGUUUUGUUAAGUUAUAAUAAUUUCGUCUGCCACAAGAAAACACCUUUUCUUUUGAAACUUCCGAAAAUAGGAAAUUGUGAACCACAAAGUUAUAUUUCCCCUCAGGUCUACCGAAGAGGAAGAUGAGGAAGACAUUCCAAACAUGGAUAAUGAAGAUUUACCAGAUCCAUUGCAGUUAGAAUGGUUUAAAAAGUACAAAAUGGAUCAAGCAGAAACCGUGGCGCUUUUUAGGUCCUUGACAUUCUAUCUGGUAUUCGUUUUGAUACUGGCGAUUGUUUGUUACGGAAACAGAGAUUAUCACCAGUAUCUGAUGGGCAAAGAAACGAGAACUAUUCUUCCAAGAGCUGAAAAGGUAUAAGAUUUCAGUUAGUGGUGGCUGGUGAAUUUUGAGGCCAUUGCUUUCUGUGAAUACUUUGUUAUUCGCUUGAGUUUUUGCUUUUAAUCCUACCAAGGUUUUCGCUCCGUCCCGGAAUCCCGAACAUUCUUAUCGACCAAUCACAAUCCCGGUCAGAUCUUUUAAUUACAUUGCCUCACAACUUGAUUUCAAAAUUUUUCGUCAAUUACAACUCCCGGAAAUUUAGAAAGGGCAAUCCCAUAUGAUGCCUUAUCACCGUGAGUUAUCACGGUAAGUCGAUUACAGGAGAGUUACCAAAUCUUGUAAUUUCAAUAUUCUGCAUGUCAAGUAUUGAAAUUUCAAAACUUCGAAUAAGGCGAAUAUUAGAAUUUAGAGAUUUGAUGUGCAGAAUAUUUCUCUGUGAUUUUUUCCAGGUCGAUGGUGCCCUCAAAUUCUGGACCUGGAUGAGCACCAAUUUUACCGCUAAUGUCUUUGGAAGCCGUUGGUACAACGGUAAAGAAGAAACAAAUGGAAUAUACAUGAGCGACAAAAGCUCUAUUCUGCUUGGCAUGCCACGAAUAAGACAGCUGAGAAUUAAAAAAGGUGAUCUUCACUAUUCGCUUGACAAUAAAGUUAAAAAAACUACUUAGUUCAGGCUGAUUUGACAAUUCCAGAAUAGGUCCUUUGUGGCUAGUACAAAGCCACCAACCUAGAAAGCACGGGGCGCACUGAAACAGAAAAAACAAAGAGCUGGAUGGUGAUUUUCCAGUAGAUGUCGUUCUCCAUGCUUUGAACAACUUUGUACCUGUUGAUCAUAAUAAUAAGAGACAACCUCACAAGAAACUGGUGUAGUAGUAUAUAGCGCACUGAUUUAACCUUUUUGCGCAGGAACCGCAGUCAAUCAAUCAAAAAGCAAGACAAUAACUAGAAAACCUGUCAAACCGAUUAAACCACCUAAAAAUAGCCCAUGACCUUAACAAGAGAUAAAGGCAAUAGGCUAUGACGUCAUCAACAUUAAUGUAUUUCGGCGCACACUUAUGGGAUUUUUCCGCAUUUUAUUCAUGAGAUACAACCUCGUUCCCAGGGUUCACUCUAUUCCUCUUUCGAAAAAGAAUUCUUUCUUGAGGGAGGAAGAGAGAGAACCCUGGGAACGAGUUUGCAUGAGAUAUGACGUCAUCGAUGUCUGUGUAUUCCUGCCCAUAUAAGGAAGUAACGUGUCCCUGAUUUACUACUGUUGACCAUAAUAAUAAGAUGCAACCUUACAAGAAAUUGUUUCUUGUUUUCUUUUUUCCACUAACAGAGGUAUGUCCUAGGACUCUGAGAAAAGGGUACAAUAUAUCUGGCAAUUGUUAUCCGCAAUAUUCCAAACAACUUGAGGACAAAACAUCAAUGUACCAGCCAAAGUGGAAACCUCUUCCUACCAACUCCUCUCCUUUUGUUUUUAAAGAGUUAUGUCCAAAGCCGUGGCGUUAUCGUUCCUCGGAAGAGAUGAAGACUUCACCUUUGAUGAGUCCUCGCGUAGUUUAUGGUGGUGGAGGUUAUGUAGCGGAUCUGGGCUAUGAAAUGGAGACCGCAAGAGAUGUUUGUAAUGUUCUUAGUAAAAACAAUUGGAUUGACCGACGAACUAGAGCAGCAAUUGUGGAAUUUAGCAUCUUCAAUUGCAACGUGAACGUUUUGGUGGUGUGCCAUUAUUUCUUUGAGUUCUUAGCUUCUGGUGGCGUUUUCACUUACGUUAAAGUAGACAUUUUAGACUUGUAUCCGGUAGAAGCUGGUCUUGCCCAACUUGUUCUACUUUUUCGACUUGUUUUCGUCGUCAUGGUUAUUGCUUCCAUGGUCAUAGAAAUCGUGAAAAUUGUCCGUCAAAGACGGUCGUAUUUCAAGAAAGUUCAUAACUGGCUUAGUAUUGUUCUAAUUAUCGUGUCUGUUACAGCUGUGGUAAUUCACAUCAUCCGAGAACAGCGCACUCAAAAUACUAUCAAGCAACUCAAAGCGAAUUUUUACACCACUGUCAGCUUCCACGAUCCUUUAGGAUUGCUAGAAGUUGAAACAAUCAUUCUUUCUUUAGUUGUUUUUCUAGCAACCCUCAAGUUACUCAGCCUCCUACGUUUCAGCAAGCAAAUUGCCAUUCUGUUGUUAACAGUUAAGGUCGCUUUAAGACAUUUGGCCUACUUCUCUAUGAUGUUUAUCAUAAUCUUUCUUGCUUUUGGCAUGUCCGGAAUGUUGGCCUUUGGAAGUGUCACGGAAUCUUAUUCCAGCAUUCUCCAUCUUUGUGUCUCCCAGUUUGAGUUUGUUCUCGGCAAAGCAGUUCCUCAAAUGGACAUGAAUAAGGUGAAUCCUCCGCUAGCCUUCUUGUAUUCCAUUCUCUACAUAUCCUUCAUGACUGUUAUUAUUGUCAAUUUAUUCAUCGCGAUUCUGAAUUCUUCUUCAGAGGCAAUAAAAAAUAAUCAGGAAUCUGUAUCUGACAAGCUCGACCUGGCCGAUUUCAUAGUUGGCUAUUUCACCCAUGGCUUUGUCAAUAUUUUUCGCAGAAAGCAACAUCAACAGCCUCCGCUUUACUGUGAAAACAUAACGGUUAAAGACGACUGUGCUUACGUAGAGAACAGCCUUGAUAAGAUCAACGCUCGAAUUUUAACUUUGGCAGACGACCCAUAUACAGAACACUACCUUCGUUUCUUGAACGUUUGGCUCAGAAACGCUUCCAUCAAGAGAACACAA